AUGAAGAACCUGCUUCAGGUUCAUACUGGGGCGACGGGUCAUACUGGGGCGAUGCUUGUCGUAAAGAACCAUAAUUCUCAUUGUUUAAGAGAUCAUUCUCUUGUUCUUCUUGAUGCCUUUCUAGUUGGGCAAACAUUCGCUCAUCAACUUGCUGACGAUACUGAUGGUGGUCAUGGUGGUCAUAGUGGUUAUGGCAGUUAUAGAGGUCAGGAUGGCCAGGGUGGUCAGAGUGAUCAGAGCGAUCAGGGUG